UCCUGAACCCACGUGCGUACACUUAUUACCGUCCGAACCUACCGAUCGCGCAAGCAAACGCACUCGGCGUCGUUCGCAAUGUCGGUAGUCGGCUUCGAUCUAGGAUAUCAGCUGAGCUACAUCGCCGUAGCUCGAGCGGGCGGAAUAGAAACGGUUGCCAACGAGUACAGCCAGAGACACACGCCGUCUGUCGUUGCGUUCGGAGAGAAACUGAGGUUUAUAGGAACGUCGGCUCAGAGCCAGGUAGGUAAUGUGAAGAACAUGGUGUGGGGUUUUAAGCAUCUAAUCGGCGGAAAGUUCUCUGAUCCGGCUGUUCAAGAGGAGAUCAAACGUUUACCAUUCAAAGUUGUUGAACAACACGACGAUAGGAUAGGAAUUAAGGUUACUUACCUCGGUGAGGAACAAGUUUUCUCUCCAGAGCAGAUAAUGUCUAUAUUACUAGUCCAAUUGAAAAAGACAGCAGAGAGCAGUCUCAACAUGAAAGUGACCGACUGUGUUGUCUCCAUUCCUCUCUUUUUUACUGAUGCUCAACGGAGAGCAAUGUUGGCUGCUUGCAAGAUGGCAAGCAUCAAUUGUCUAAGACUGAUGAACGACACAACAGCAGCUGCUCUGGCUUAUGGUAUUUAUAAGCAAGAUCUUCCUGAAGCUUCUGAGAAACCAAGGCAUGUUGUGUUUGUCGACGUGGGCGACAGUUCACUGCAGGUUGCAGUGUGUGCUUUCAAUAAAGGCAAACUGAAGGUAUUAGCAACAGCUGCUGAUCCGUCGUUCGGAGGUCGUAAUUUCCACGAGAAAUUGUUAACCCAUUUCUCAGGAGAAUUCAAAAAGAAAUACAAGAUUGACACGCUGACGAAUCCGAAGGCUCACUUGAGGCUGAGAAACGAGUGUGAGAAACUGAAACGAUUGAUGAGCGCAAACACAACGUUGAUACCCAUGAAUAUCGAGUGUCUAAUGGAUGACAAGGAUGUGUCUGAUAGAAUGAAACGGGCUGACUUUGAGGAGCUUUGUUCGGAUCUUUUACUGAGAGUGAGUGCUCCGUGCAAAGCAGCUCUUCAGGCGUCUGGUCUUUCUAAGUCUAACAUCACGGCUGUUGAGCUAGUCGGUGGCUCAUCGCGAAUUCCGGCUGUAAAACACAUUCUGGCGGAGGUUUUUGGUAGAGAAGUGAGCACAACGCUUAACCAAGACGAGGCUGUAGCGAGAGGAUGUGCUUUACAGUGUGCCAUGUUGUCGCCUACUUUCAAAGUUCGAGAGUUUGUUGUGCAAGACGUAACUAGUUGUGAGAUCUCGCUUUCUUGGAAUGCUCUUACAGACGAGGAAGAAGGACAUUGUGUAAUCUUUGGUCGGAAUCAUCAACUUCCAUUCUCUAAGUACCUCACUUUCCACAGGAAAGAACCGUUUGAAUUAGUAGCUCGAUAUACAUCAGAUUGUAGCAAAGAUGUGCAUCUAGGAAAAUUUAUAGUAAAAAAUGUAGUGCCAACAGCAGAGGGUGAGUCUUCAAAGGUGAAGCUGAGGGCCAAGUUAGAUAUUCAUGGAAUAUUUAAGGUGACGAAAGCAGAGCUUUAUGAGAAACUGCCCCCUGAGCCAGAGCCUGAGCCGGAGAAGAUGGAGACAACAGCUGAGAGUGGAGAGACAGGAGACAAGGAUGGUACAGGAAAGAAAGAUCAACAGACUGCAGAUAGCAAUGCAAAGGCACCGGAUGAGCAUAAUGCAACAAGCGAACCUCAGUCAAGUGAACAAGAGACGGAACCUUCGACUGCAAGUGAUCAACAAGAGACCCCAAUGACCACAGACGAGCCUCAAACACCACAGCCCAACGACAACACUGACAACAAGGAUGACAAUCUUGAUGACGUCACAUUGGCCAACAAUAAAACAAAAACAGUUCCUGAACAACAGCCAGAAGCGAAGAAGCCUCGAAAACCAAAGAUUCAAGUUGUUUCUCUGCCAAUUGAAAGUUUGCUUCCCGGACUCUCAAAAUCAGAAAUCGACGCGGCUCUUGAGACGGAGGGCAAGAUGGCGGCACAAGACAAACAAGAGAAGGACAAAAUGGAUGCUAAGAAUGCAGUGGAGGAGUAUGUGUACGAAAUGAGGGACAAACUUGACAUGCAGCUACAGAACUUUAUUUCGGAAAAGGAUCGGGGAACUUUCUCUCGUCUGUUAAGCUCGACUGAAGACUGGCUAUACGACGAGGGCGAGGAUCAACAGAAGAGCACGUACAUCGACAAACUUGUUCAACUACGGACACUUGGUGAUCCGGUUGUUAAACGGUGGAAAGAAUCGGAAACACGGCCAGAGGCGUUUGAUGAUUUGGGAAGGGCUCUUGUGCAUUAUCGCAAGAUUUUGGAUCUUUAUGCUCAGAAGCAUGAAUUAUAUGACCACAUUGAGGAAACGGAUAUGAAGAAAGUUCAAGAGUCGAUUGAUACCAAACAGAAAUGGAUGGAAGAGAAGAUGCAUGCACAGGGCAAAGUGGCGGUUCAUUGUGAUCCUGCAGUUUAUACGUCGCAGAUUGUAUAUGAAAGAGAGAAUUUGCAACGAACAUGCGAUCCCAUCAUCAACAAACCAAAACCGAAAGUCGAACCGCCAAAAGACGAGGAGAAACCAACAACAGAUACCACAAACAAAGAAGGAGAAAACAAACAAUCACAACCAGAACAACAAUCAACUAGCACCGAAUCGAAGACAGACGAGAAGGAAUCAAAGAUGGACACCGAAAGUCAACCCAACAAGGGCUCAAACGACAUGGACCUAGACUAAGCAUCAGUGUGUGCACAAUAGGUAUUGUUGGCUUGAAAAUGCAUUAUGUAUGGCUGCUGAUUAGCUAUCGCGUUUCUCUGCCAACUCUGAAUUUUGAAUCUAAUCCCAAUAUGUUCUUGUAUUUGUGGUAACAGACAGUAUAGCAUUUUGUGUAAUCUAUUGUCGUCAGUCUGUAAAAAAAAUACAAAAACUGGCAACUCUGAGUGGCAGCCGUCUUGCCUUCCAGAAAAUUGCCAUAAUAGAGAAAA